AUGAGUCUUGCUGAUUAUAAACCACAUUAUCACUCUGUGCUUUCUGCUGGUAUUGCCCUUGGUUAUCAAGUAGAAUCAUUAGGUAAGGGUGAGUUAGAGUUAAGACGUUCUCAGGUUAAGGUAGAUAAUAUUGGAUUGACAGAAGGUCCAAUAUUUAUAUCAUACAAGGUAAAAGAUCAACAAGAAUCAAUGAAAAUAAGUGAGGUGAACAACGAUAGAAUUGAAAGCACAUCUAUCAUGGCAAACAUGUAUUAUCAUUCGCACAAUGGACGUUUUUCUUUUUCCCCAUACGUUGGAGUAGGACUUGGAGCUACGCAAACAAAAAUGUUUGAAGUAGAAUCAGUAGAUCCCGCUUAUCAAAUAAAAGCAGGAUUCAGUCAUAAUGUAAGUAAUAGUGUGAGUAUGCAACUUGGGUAUAGCUAUUUUGGCGUUAUUGGUAAUAUGUUCAAGUUGUCUAACGUUAAGUCUAUGCUAUGCAAGAAGAAUCAGUGUAGUAAAAGCUUCAUAGAUAAUCUUACUCUACAUAGUGACUUUCUUGGCAUGCAUGGAAUAGAAUUGAGUAUGACUAUUCACUUUGCAAAUAAGUAAUAAUAUUAAGGUUUUUAUUUUAUAUCUUGGGGAGAUUAUAUGAUAACAGGUUUGAGGUUUUUAAAAGUAGGCGAUGGCGGAACUUUUCUCGAUGCAACUAAAGGCGAUACCAUUGCGCGUAUACAGUACGACGAUAGUACACAACAUCGAUAUACCCUAGAUCUUACCGAAGGUAAGAUUCAAUUAAAACAUGCAUCGUUGGAUAAUAGUGGUGAUGUUGCUGGAACAGAGAAAACAUUCACAUUCCCUAAAUUCUUACUCAACAAGUUGAACGAUACUUUUGUAUUUAAGACUGAUUUGAGUGAUUAUGCUAAAACAACCGACCUGAAUAUUAAAUUGAGUGAUUAUGCCAGAACAGAUGGUAGUAAUAUGACAGAUGAUAUGUCAAAUAAAUUGAUGAGUCAUCAUACUGCACAAGUAUUUGAUUUUUUAAGCAGUCUAGAGAUGGAGUAUAAUGCUAUGCAUGGGUAA